GCGAAGGAUAUCGGCUGCAAAUUCAGAUGCAUCUGUCCGACACACCAGGCGCAGAUUAGCUCGCCUGGUUCCAGACAAGAGCCAGUUGUCUACCCUCUCUAAGCAUCAUGCCUCAGUCCACUGGAUCGCCUGGAGUAUUGACAGGGAUGAUGGCCAAUGUAUCGGAUCCUUCAGCUCUCGUGUCUUCAACUCUCGGGCCCAGUGAAAUGCUAACAAUGAACAGCCGAUACGAGGUCAAGAUGCUGGGCUGGAACGCUCCGCCUGACUUCAUGGAUUACGUCAGUCCUCACUGGAAGACGUUCGAGGCUCCAAACCCUUACUUGCACUACAUGUUGGGGGCGUUCUACGUCUGCUUCCUGUUCGCUUCCGUGUGUGGCAACGGCGUUGUCAUCUGGAUCUUCUCCAGCGCCAGAAGCCUUCGGACGCCGUCCAACAUGUUCGUUGUCAACCUGGCCUUGUUGGAUCUGAUCAUGAUGCUGAAGACGCCCGUCUUCAUCGCCAGCGCCUUCAACGACGGACCUGUCUUCAGCAGAACGGGCUGCGAAGUCUAUGCUCUGAUUGGCUCUUAUUCUGGCAUCGGGAGUGCCAUGACCAACACCGCCAUUGCAUAUGAUAGAUACAAAACCAUCGCCAAACCAUUUGAACCAAAGAUCAGCCGUGGCAAAGCCUUCUUGGUAAUCCUCGGCAUCUGGUUAUAUGCCACGCCCUGCAGUGUUCUUCCAUUCUUACGCAUCUGGGGAAGGUUUGUCCCAGAGGGCUUCCUGACUACAUGCUCGUUUGAUUACCUCACGCGAGACGACAACACGAGGAGCUUCGUUGCCUGCACCUUCUUCUGCGCCUACGUGGUACCUGGCUUCCUCAUCAUGUACUUCUACAGCCAGAUAUUUAGUCAUGUCCGUGCUCACGAGAAGGCCAUGAGAGGACAGGUACGAAUCAUCCUUUCUUAGUUUCAAUUCUUUAAA